AAACCCAAGAAUUCACUUGUUCGUCUCUGGUUAAAGAUAAGAGAAAAAGGGAUUCGACUUCUUUUGGAAGAGAACCCUAAAUCCAUCCUCAUCCAUAUCCAGCCAGCGGGGGAAACAGAAAUUAGUUACAUGGCUCCCCAGAACUCAGAGACACCGUUAACUCGAGCUCAACGCCAAGAUGAGCUUCUGAACGUGUUUCCUGGCACUGCUAAGGUUAUUCUUCGUCCAAGAACAAAUCCAGAUGGCUCUGAAAUUGUUACCAUAAGUGAUUAUGAGUUUCCUGAUCUUAGAUGUAAGCGCUGGUUGAAGAAUCUCUAUCAGGCAAUGCGUUUGUGUGGGAGAGAUUAUGGACGUCAUGUAGCUGAUAUUCAGUUAGAUUUACCGACAUUUUGUGGUAUUGAAGUGGACCUCGAUGUAAUGGAGAAGGCAAUGGGGAAUGGCCUUGGCACAUCGAUCUCCUAGUUCGGUUCAACAAUGACUCCCUUGCAGAGAACCCUUUGAACAAGAUAUAAGCAUUUGAUAUGAUCAGAUGCAUGUUUGUAGAUGUUGUUGCCAUAUUCCAAACUGUAGUACUAAAUAUCAGAUCAGUAUGAUUUUGCUACAAUGUUUCAAACUGUAGUACUAAACAUCCAUUUACUAUUUGUUUACUGA